UUUUAUGUCAGCUGUCAAAUUAAAUUGACGCGCGAAAUAAGCGAAACAAAACAGAAAUGUCACAGUCGGGGUGUCCUCUUGGUGACAGAAUCCUAGUAGGUUACAUUUUACCCGAAAAGAAGGUUAAAAACUCCGAAAAUGACGACUCUGAUUGGGAAGAUGAUGAGGAGGAGGAAGAAGAUGCACAGCCGGAGUUUCUGGAUAUGAAAGAGAUGGACAGCGUUAGUUCUGGAGGACAUGUGUUUAAUUCCUCCGUACCGGGCCGAAACGAAGUUGAUUUCCUGGACAGCGUGUCUGGUAAGAGAUGCAGAGUACUGGGCCGGUUCAGUCUGAAGGACCCGUGGUGGGAGGCUACCUGCACGGCCCGCGCUGCCAGGGGCAAGCUGGUGCUACGGGGCUACCCUGCCUACCGCCUUCGCUCAGACCUCCAGGGAGACCCGGACCACUCUGUCCUGUCUCUGUUCCUCACCGCCUGCGGCGUGGACGCACAGUUUGUCGUCCCCUUCUUUGCUUGGCUGCCGAUGGGAAGGAAGGUGGAGUUUGCUAACUUGCAGGAAGUUCUGGCUGAGUUUGAGGAAGGAGAGCAGCACAGAGCUUUGGCACAGCAGAUUAAAGCCUUGGUCUCUGUUUCAGUUGCAGGGAUGCGCGUGACUGCUGCCUCUCUGUACCCCCAUGUGAUGAGAUACCUGCCUACCCUACUGCCAGGGCGCUUCACAGAGCUCCUGAGUCGGGGAAAGAAAAGCCAUAAACAUACUGCGGCACAGGGUGCUACACAGAUAGAGGAGGAGGAAGAGGAGGAUCUCAGCUUGCUGGCCAAAAUAGAGGAGAUGAUCAAGACGGACGUCUGGAAGCUGGGCUUUAACUAUGUUAUGUACAAGGAGUUGAAGGUGGUCCAUUGCGAGGCUCAGCUGAGAUCCUUCCAUGAGUGUAAACUCUUCCAAGAGAUCCCUCUGAAGCAGCGUAACGCCCUGAGAGUCUACGACUCUCUGAAGGACCACUGCCACAGGACGGGCAGUACCUACACGGAGCUCCCCACCCUGUGUGACGAGGUCAGGAGAGGGUGUAGCUCCGUGGUGGAGGUGGAGGUGUGGGACGCAGUCCAAUUCCUCAAAGAGCUGGGCGUAGUGGUACGGGAUCGCCAGAAGGUGGCGCUGCAUAACCUGCAUUCUUAUGAGACUGGGAUAGCUGAGUGCCUACGCUGUCUGGUGCAGGAAGAGCCCUGGGUUAUACCUCUGGAUGUCAUACAGGUGCUGACUGCUUCAGCUCUGCAGAGGCUGAGGAAGAAGGGAGGGGAUGGAGGGAGUAGGGAGGAUCAAGGUGAAGUGGACUCCGACGCAGAGCGGAAGGCUAAUGAGCUGAAUGAAAGGUGUGAUAUGGAUGGCAGCGCUGCAGAGACAGACCGUACUAGUACUGCUGUUAGAACAGCCAGCGGAUACUCUGUCCCAGACCACAUCAAACCUGAACCAGCCCCUACAGACCAGGGCCCGCCUCCUCCAGUAGAUUUAGGCCCAGACCAGGGCCCUCCAGUAGAUUUAGACCCAGACCAGGGCCCUCCUCCAGUAGAUUUAGACCCAGACCAGGGCCCUCCUCCAGUAGAUUUAGACCCAGACCAGGGCCCUCCUCCAGUAGAUUUAGGCCCAGACCAGGGCCCUCCUCCGGUAGAUUUAGGCCCAGACCAGGGCCCUCCUCCGGUAGAUUUAGACCCAGACCAGGGCCCUCCUCCGGUAGAUUUAGGCCCAGACCAGGGCCCUCCUCCGGUAGAUUUAGGCCCAGACCAGGGCCCUCCUCCAGUAGAUUUAGACCCAGACCAGGUACGUGCAGCAGAGAUGAUCUGCUUCAAUCCAGUGACGGUGAUCAGUGGUAAGGGGGGCUGUGGUAAGACCACGGUGGUGAGUCUGGUGUUCAAGGCCGCCUUGCAGCAGAGCACAGAGAAGGAGGUCAGGAAGGCAUGCUGGGACUUUGAAAAUGACUCCUUGGGGUCUGAGGCGUGGGAGGAAGCCGAGGCGUGGGAGGAAGAAGCCCUGUCGAAGAGUCUCCUCUCUCAGUUAGAGGGGGAGGUAAAGGACGAGAAGAAGUCGUCGUCGUGGGUUUUACAGGGAGAGGACGAGGUGUUACUAACAGCACCCACAGGGAGAGCUGCGUCUCUGCUCACCAAGAGGACCUGCUUCAAGGCCUACACCCUGCACCAGGUAGUGUGGAGUUUCAUGCAGGCCAAGAAAGACCCCAACGGGGCUCCUGAGGAGUGGAAGUUUGUGCGUGUGCGCGUGUUGGUGGUGGACGAGGGCAGUCUGGUGUGUGUUCAGCUCCUCCACUCAGUCCUCACCAUGCUCACCAAACACGCACAGCUCAGGAAGUUCGUCAUCUUGGGUGAUGUGCGUCAGCUGCCCAGUAUCCAGCCAGGAAACACCUUGUAUGACCUGUUCCACAGUCUGGGCCGAGCCCAUUGGGCCAUCGAGAUGAGGACCAAUCACAGAGCUGAGUCUCAACUCAUCGUCAACAACGCCGGACAAAUCGCAGAGAUGGGGAUGAAUCGUAGUUUCAGACCGCUCCACUACGACGCCAUCUUGGAUCUGAAUGGAAGCUACACCAUGCCCUCUGAAGACAAGAGGUUCAUCCUCAUCCUGCUGCCCAACACCACCGAGGACUCUGACUAUGACCUUCAGGUGGCUAUCAAACUAUUAUUGGAAGCUGCUCCAGGACUGAAGAAUGACGCCACGUCACAGUUCAUUGCCUUCAGAAGGAGGGAGUGUGCCUUGAUCAAUGAGCUUUGUUGCAAACAUUACUGUGACCACCGCACCAAAAACAACAAGAACCGACUAGAUUUCCAGCCGAGAGAUAAAGUCUGCUGUACAAAGAACGGCUACGUCACAGACAGGAACAAGGAAGUGUCUCCUGAAGAAGAGGACUUGGAGAACAGCUACGUAUCUGACAGGGCCAGGACCGAGCAGAGACUUCCUGGUCUGCACGGAGAGGAGAGACUGAGAGGGAACGGGGCCACACAGAGAGACGGAAGUGGUGACAAAAUGAAAAGCAAAGAGAAGAAUAAAGAGCGUCUGUGUAACGGAGAGAUAUUCUUUAUUAAACAUGACGUGACAGAGGAGGAGGCGGGCUCACAGCGGAGCAGGAAGCAGAGGUACUUGACUCUGGAUGAUGGUGACGGACGGGUGCUGUGUGUUUCCUUCAGGGAACUGCAGAGAGAAUGUAAACUGCAACACGCCUGGGCUAGGACCAUACACACCUUCCAGGGGUCGGAGACCGAGACGAUUGUGUACGUGCUGGGUAACGGUAGCGUCCAGACGUGGAAACACGUGUACACGGCUGUGACACGGGGACAGAAGCGUGUAUAUGUCAUAGCCAAGCAGGAAGGCAUGGCCUCCGCCAUCAAGAGACGCAUCAUCCCACGUAACACCCGGCUGGGAACCCUGGUCAAAGAGCUGCUGGUCCAGCCUGGGGCUGAGGGGCAGGACCAACCAGACCAGAACCAACCCCAGCCGGGCACACCUCGCAGGGCAGCCCCAGGCUUCGGGCCUACACAGACCACUCCUCUGGGCUCACAGACACCUAGCUGGUCUCUAAGGACCCCCUACAAAACCCCUAUAGCAGCACCCAGACUCCUCUCUAUGCCCAGCGUAGCAGUCCCACUUCACGCCAAUCCUGUCCACUCGACGUCGGUCCUACCCAGGAAGCUGUGGAGAAAUGAGCCUCCAACAGCUCCUCAGGCAGAUGCCUCAGACACCUCUCUAAUGGACGACAUCACUUUCAGUCAGGCAUAUACCUGGUCGCCUAUGAACAGCAGCUCUGAGGACCCCUCUCAGGAGCAGCCUGGGUCGUGUGAGGAGGAGGAGGAGGAGGAAGGGAUCGAGAUGGAGGCUAGCAGCAGCGCUGUAGAGGAUGGACACAUGGGGAAGGGUUCACAUUUAGCUGCUCGGUCUGGGGUUGAGAGCACCCCUUCCAAGAGGACGCUCGGUCCUGGCAGUGAGAAACAGAAUGUAACUCCUCAAAAACAGAUCAAGGUGGAGCCAUUCGAAUCACCGCUGGGCUGUUCCAGACUGCAGCAGCUCGCCCUCUGCACGCCCACCUCCCACGGCAAACGGCUUUUCCAAGGUCCACCCUCCGAUCAGGACUGAACGUCUUCUCUCCCUGACCCAUUGAUACCAGGAUAUCUUAUGAUUGAUGGCCACUACUGCAUUGAUACCAGGAUAUCUUAUGAUUGAUGGCCACUACUGCAUUGAUACCAGGAUAUCUUAUGAUUGAUGGCCACUACUGCAUUGAUACCAGGAUAUCUUAUGAUUGAUGGCCACUACUGCAUUGAUACCAGGAUAUCUGAAUCAAAUCCUAUUUUAUACGUCAUAUGCACGGAAUACAAGUGUAGACCUUACCAUGAAAUGCUUACUUACAAGCCCUUAACCAAUAAUGCAAUUUUAAUUAAAAAUAAGAGUUGAGAAUGAUAUUUACUUUUUAAAAAAACGUUAGUUUAUUUAGUAACGCAAUAAAAUAACAAUAAUCAGGUUAUAUACAGGGGGUACCGGUACCGAGACAAUGUGUGGGGGGUAGAGGUUAGUCGAGGUAAUGGAGGUAGGUAGGGGUAGAGUGACUAUGCAUAGAUAGUAAUGAGUAGCAGUAGUCGAGGUAAUGGAGGUAGGUAGGGGUAGAGUGACUAUGCAUAGAUAGUAAUGAGUAGGAGUAGUCGAGGUAAUGGAGGUAGGUAGGGGUAGAGUGACUAUGCAUAGAUAGUAAUGAGUAGCAGUAAUGGAGGUAGGUAGGGGUAAAGUGACUAUGCAUAGAUAAUGAGUAGCAGUAAUGGAGGUAGGUAGGGGUAAAGUGACUAUGCAUAGAUAGUAAUGAGUAGGAGUAGUCAGUAAUGGAGGUAGGUAGGGGUAAAGUGACUAUGCAUAGAUAAUGAGUAGCAGUAAUGGAGGUAGGUAGGGGUAGAGUGACUAUGCAUAGAUAAUGAGUAGCAGUAAUGGAGGUAGGUAGGGGUAGAGUGACUAUGCAUAGAUAGUAAUGAGUAGGAGUAGUCGAGGUAAUGGAGGUAGGUAGGGGUAAAGUGACUAUGCAUAGAUAAUGAGUAGCAGUAAUGGAGGUAGGUAGGGGUAGAGUGACUAUGCAUAGAUAGUAAUGAGUAGCAGUAGUCGAGGUAAUGGAGGUAGGUAGGGGUAGAGUGACUAUGCAUAGAUAAUGAGUAGCAGUAAUGGAGGUAGGUAGGGGUAGAGUGACUAUGCAUAGAUAGUAAUGAGUAGCAGUAAUGGAGGUAGGUAGGGGUAGAGUGACUAUGCAUAGAUAGUAAUGAGUAGCAGUAAUGGAGGUAGGUAGGGGUAGAGUGACUAUGCAUAGAUAGUAAUGAGUAGCAGUAGUCGAGGUAAUGGAGGUAGGUAGGGGUAGAGUGACUAUGCAUAGAUAAUGAGUAGCAGUAAUGGAGGUAGGUAGGGGUAAAGUGACUAUGCAUAGAUAGUAAUGAGUAGCAGUAGUUGAGGUAAUUGAGGUAGGUAGGGGUAAAGUGACUAUGCAUAGAUAAUGAGUAGCAGUAGUGGAGGUAGGUAGGGGUAAAGUGACUAUGCAUAGAUAGUAAUGAGUAGCAGUAGUCGAGGUAAUGGAGGUAGGUAGGGGUAGAGUGACUAUGCAUAGAUAGUAAUGAGUAGCAGUAAUGGAGGUAGGUAGGGGUAGAGUGACUAUGCAUAGAUAGUAAUGAGUAGCAGUAAUGGAGGUAGGUAGGGGUAAAGUGACUAUGCAUAGAUAGUAAUGAGUAGCAGUAGUUGAGGUAAUUGAGGUAGGUAGGGGUAAAGUGACUAUGCAUAGAUAAUAGAGAGGAGCAUUAGUGGGGUGGGGUUGGGGGGGAAGGAGGGGUCAAUGUAAAUGGCCUGGUGGCCAUUUGAUGAACUGUUCAGCAGUCUUAUGGCUUCGGGGUGGAAGCUGUUAAGGAGCCUUUUGGACUUGGUGCUCCAGUACCGCUUGCCGUGCGGUAGAGAGAACAGUCUAUGACUUGGGUGGCUGAAGUCUAUUUUUAGGCCCUUCCUCUGACACCGCCUGGUAUAGAGGUCCUGGAUGGCAGGAAGCUCGGCCCCAGUGCUGUACUGGGCCUUCCUCUGACACCGCCUGGUAUAGAGGUCCUGGAUGGCAGGAAGCUCGGCCCCAGUGCUGUACUGGGCCUUCCUCUGACACCGCCUGGUAUAGAGGUCCUGGAUGGCAGGAAGCUCGGCCCCAGUGCUGUACUGGGCCGUACCCACUUCCCUCUGUGGCGCCUUGCGGUCGGAAUCCCCUCCGGCGCCUCAGACAGGAAACUGCAUUACUAUCCGUUUAUUUUAAAUGUUUUAAUUGCUAUACAUCUGGGCUUGUGUCAUUUUAUUGAUCAAGUGCCUCAAUGAGAUUGUGAUCAUUUCAUCAGUAUGUUGCAAUCACCUCAGCCAUGUUGUUUAUUCACUCUGUAAAUCACCUCAGCCAUGUUGUUUAUUCACUCUGUAAAUCACCUCAGCCAUGUUGUUUAUUCACUCUGUAAAUCACCUCAGCCAUGUUGUUUAUUCACUCUGUAAAUCACCUCAGCCAUGUUGUUUAUUCACUCUGUAACUCACCUCAGCCAUGUUGUUUAUUCACUCUGUAACUCACCUCAGCCAUGUUGUUUAUUCACUCUGUAAAUCACCUCAGCCAUGUUGUUUAUUCACUCUGUAAAUCACCUCAGCCAUGUUGUUUAUUCACUCUCUAAAUCACCUCAGCCAUGUUGUUUAUUUUCCACUCUGUAAAUCUUUUUUUAUUGUUUCUCUUUUCUCGGCCAUACAAAGGUUUACAGCUGGAGGAAUUCCCAAAGUUAUACAUAGACGAUAAAUAUCAUGCUACCAAAGUAUUAAAUUUGUACAAAAAUACUUUUACAGGUCAUAAUACCGGUCCAUUAGAAAUAAAAAUACAAUUUUUCAGGGACUUAAA